GGCGGCGGCGGCGGCGGCCCUUCCUGCAGUGGCGGCGGGAGGCGGGGGGAGGAUUCCUUCUCACCACAACCACCUUUUCCCGCCAGACCUGGAGAAGGAGGAGGAGGAGGCGACAGUGGGGCAGGUUGGGGCCGCCAACUGCGAGUGGAGGGGAAGAAAGGAGGAUCUUUGGGUAGCUCGAAGGAGACUCCAGAACUGGCCUGUGAUAAGACCAUAGAAGGCUCUGUGAGGAGGAGAGUUGGCGCGAGAAGGGAGGGCGCGCAAGAAUUCGGGGUGGAGCAGACCAAGACGCCGCGCGCGCGCUCGUGUCUGUGUGUGCGCGUGUGUGUGUGACAGAAAGUAGCUCUGAGGUUAAAAGAAAGAAAGAAAAAGGUUGCUUUUCAGGGGACUCUCGCGUUUUUUCAACUCCUUCCAAGCAAAACUUCUGGGGCGCAAAACUGAAACCAGGUGCUGCUCCUUGGGAAAGGCGAGCAGGAGCCUGGAGUGAGUUUGCUCGCUCGCUCGCUCGCUUCCUUGCUUAUCCUCCUUCUCUCCUCCCUCCCCCCUUCCCUGCCUGCCUGGGUCGUGGCUUGCUGCUCACUUUUAUUUUCCUUUCCCACCCAUUCCGAGCCUCCGCCCCCUCCCUCCUUCUCCUCAGGAGCGAUGAGGGGGAAUGGCAGAAACACGUGAAGGCGAGGAGAGGAAAAAAACCCGGGACUCCCAGCCAGGGGGUGAAAGAAGCUGAGCGCCUGGCAGCGUCGUGGCUGCUUAGCCGCAGGGAGAGAGCAAGAGAAGCCGAGAAGGUGGUGUGUGUGUGUGUGGUGUCCCCCUCCCCGCUUCCUUUCCUCCCAAAGGGAGCUCUUUUCCCCACCCCUUUCCCUCGGUUUGUUGGGUAGUUUCUUGUUCCCGAAGCUGACAGGUGCUCCUCCGAUCCAGCAGUGCCUUCUGGCGCCCCCUUUUCUUCUUCUUCUGCUUCCCCCAGCAACUAUUUUCCAGGAUUGUUGCGUCCUCCUUGGGAAGCUGAUUUGUGAACCUUAGAAGAAGGAGGAAAAGAAGAAGGAGGAGGAGAAGGGUGGGGGUUGAACCCUGGAGACGCGGAGGGGAAAAGGCUGCCGAGGGAGAGAAAAGUUUUGGAUGGGAUUAUGUGGAAACUACCCCGCUCUUCUCGGCUGCUCGAGCAGGCUCAGUGCUGCUGCUGCUGCUCCUUUCUCGCCAGCGCUGCAGGCUUCGCGGGCUGGUGGAGGUGGUGAAAAGGACCUGAUCUCUCGGCAAGUGCCUGGCUUGCGUUGUGUGCCUGCGAAGAGCUUCAACCCCCCCCAGCCUGCCAAAUGCUCCUCUUCGGGUUCUUCUUGCUGACAUCUGCCCUGGUCAGCCCAAGACAGGGAGCCCAAGGCGAGUCGAACCUCAGCAGCAAGUUCCAGUUCUCCAGCGCCAAGGAGCAAAACGGAGUACAAGAACCACAACAUGAGAAGAUUAUUACAGUGUCUGCUAAUGGAAGUAUUCACAGCCCAAAGUUCCCAUAUACUUAUCCCCGUAACACAGUACUGGUGUGGCGAUUAGUAGCAGUUGAGGAGAAUGUGUUGAUACAGCUCACUUUUGAUGAAAGGUUUGGGCUUGAGGACCCAGAAGAUGACAUAUGCAAAUAUGACUUUGUAGAAGUUGAAGAGCCCAGCGAUGGCACUAUUUUAGGACGGUGGUGCGGCUCCACUACUGUUCCAGGAAAACAGAUUUCCAAAGGAAACCAGAUCAGAAUACGAUUUGUUUCUGAUGAAUAUUUUCCUUCUGAACCUGGAUUCUGUAUCCAUUAUACUCUCCUCGUACCAACAGAAUCUGCCAGCCCAACAAUAUUACCACCUUCAGCUUUACCAUUAGAGUUGCUAAACAAUGCUGUUGCUGGAUUUAGUACUGUGGAGGAACUUAUCAAGUACCUUGAACCAGACAGAUGGCAGUUAGAUUUGGAAGACCUGUACAGACCAACCUGGCAGCUCCUUGGAAAAGCAUACAUUCAUGGAAGAAAAUCUAGAGUUGUAGAUCUGAAUCUUCUGAAGGAGGAGGUACGAAUGUACAGCUGUACUCCACGCAACUUCUCAGUGUCACUACGCGAAGAGCUGAAGCGAACAGACACCAUCUUUUGGCCACUUUGCUUGCUGGUUAAACGUUGCGGUGGAAACUGUGGCUGCUGUCAGCAUGCUUGCAGUGAGUGCCAGUGUGUCCCUACCAAGGUUACCAAAAAAUACCAUGAGGUCCUGCAGCUGAAGCCCAGGAGCGGCGUAAAAGGAUUGCAUAAAUCUUUGACAGAUGUACCUUUGGACCAUCACGAGGAGUGUGACUGUGUAUGUAAAGGGAAUACAGAAGGAUAAAAGGAACUUGGUGUGCUUCUUUUACAGCACGUUCACUCAGUGGCUGGUUCUCUUCUGGGGCUUGUGCAUUAAUCUCCUUCUGUAAUCUCAGUUGUCUGCUUUUGAGAAUCUUCAGUGUUCAGGACUGACAGUUCUGGGGGAGAAAAAGAAAGAAGAAAUCAAACUGAGAUGUAUGCCAUAUAACAGCAGUUACCUGAAGGCCCACUACUAAGGAUGAACAGAAGGCUCCAUUGAGGGAUUUCUCUCCCACCCCAAUUCUAUACCUAUGUCUAUAGCUAUAUUUAUAUCUAUAUAGAGAUAUAGAUAUAUAGAUAUAAUAUCAUCUCUCUUACACAUAUUGAAUUUAAAACGUUUAAGUUUUAGAAGUAUAGGAAAAGACAGUGCUUAGGCAGGGCCUGGACUCUCCUGCUGGUCUUGCUUCUGCAAGUCUCUUACUUCUGGCUUACAGUUCAGAACAUCUGGAAUCUCUCUUAACUCGGCUCAGCAACUCCUGUACAUUUCAAAUCAAAGUGUUAAUUGUCCUACAGACUGUCUUACUCUGAGUUAAACUCAAUUUUUCACUGAUGCAAGUCGAAAAGACUGGACACAUUCUCUUGGUUUCUUCCAGUAAAGUGUCUGUUGUUUAGAAAACCUGAAUGGUCAGUAUAUGUGAGAAAAGAGGAAAGGGUCAGAAACCAAGAAGUGCCUUUAUCCUUCUCACUAUGACCUGCAAGUAUUGCGUUUGUUUAUAUUUUUUAUUGUGUACAUUUUUAUACUCUUUUUGACAGCAUAACUAUUUGCUUUUCUAAUCUUGUUAAAUAUAUCUAUUUUUUGCCAAAGGUAUUUAAUAUUCUUUUUUAUUAUUAUUGCAGCCUAGAUAAACUGCUUUUUCAUUUUGUAAGGCUUUGGAAUCAGAGUUAUAGAAAGGGGGAAGGAAGAUAGAAUUCUGUUUCUGCAGAGCAAGGAGCUAAAAGGUGCAUUUGCACAUAAAAAGAUAAACAAGACAGGUUAGUCUGAAUUUACAGGUGUGUGUUACUAGCUCCAUGAUGCUGGGAUAAAAAAAGUAAAUAUAUUAGCUGUUAAAACUCUCUUCAUCAUAACCUAGUGCCUCAAUCCAAAUAAGGAGGUAUGUGCACAGAAACAAGGUUGCACAUACAUACAUAUCACAUUUUGCAUCAGGGGCAAGUGGCAUAAUUCUGAUAAGCAUCAUAAGGCAGAUGUUCCCUGUCCAUACUGCAUUAUUUUCAAUGGAUUGGAUAUUUUUGUGCAUUCGAACACGCAUUCUGAUGCAAUAAUUUAUGCAUAAAUACCCUUUUUACAUGUACUAGUGAUGGAUCACAAUGUGGGUUUCUUCAAAACAGUCAUAAAUCCAAAACUGAGAGGCCCUAAACAGAUAUAUUCAGAGUGAUGUCCAGUUCAAUGGGACCACUUACUUCUUAGUAAACACUUCACUGUUAAAUUAGAAGGUGAAAGAUCUUGACAAGAGCACCACCACUGCUGUCAUUUCAGUGUGUUCUUGCAUACAUAAUAAAAUGGGGUCAUGAACAAGUCGCACAUAUUUAUUGCUGCAGGUGUAAGGGGUUUUUUUAUGUUAAGAAUGCCAGUUAUUUCCUUGUAAAGGGCAGUGGGCUUCCAAUAUCUUAAUGAUGUAAAGUACAGUUUUGAUAAAAUGUGGUUUUGCUGAUGUACAGUCUUUAUGUAAACCAGCACAUUUAUCCCACCCUUUGCCCAACUAGGAAAAAGCAGUAAAAUAUUUUGCUUGUAAAAUG